AUGGCAGCUACGUCGAAUUUAUCUUCCAGCAACGUAGAACUAGUCAAGGAUGAAGAACGAUUUAACAAAAUCGUCAGUGAUGCUGGAGGGCACCUUGUGGUCAUUCAUUUUGCUGCUUCCUGGGCUGAGCAGUGCCAGCAGAUGGGAGAGGUCAUUAAUGAACUUUCCAAAGACCCUAAGUUUGCUCAUGUGACAUUCAUUACUGUGGAUGCAGAAAGUUUGGCAGAGGUAUCUUACAAGUAUGAGAUAGUGGCGGCACCAACAUUUAUUUUUCUAAAGUCAGGCAAGCAGGUAGACAGGCUGGAUGGUGCAAAUGCAGCAGAACUGACCUCCAAAGUUACUAAACACUCUGCAAUAUCAGUAGGUGAUCUGGCUAAACCCUCAGCUAAGCAGGAUUUGAAUGAAAGAUUGAAAGCACUGAUCAAUUCUGCUCCUGUGAUACUCUUCAUGAAAGGAACUCCAGAAACUCCUCGUUGUGGCUUCAGUCGACAGAUUACACAGAUUCUGAAUGAGCAAGGAGUCAAGUACUCUACCUUUGACAUUUUGUCAGAUGAUGAUGUUAGACAAGGAUUGAAGGCCUUCUCCAACUGGCCAACAUUCCCACAGCUUUAUAUCAAAGGUGAGCUGAUUGGUGGUCUGGAUAUUGUGAAAGAAAUGGUGGCAUCUGGGGAACUCAAGGAUGUCGUUCCCAAGACAGAGGAUUUGAACACAAGGCUCAAAGCUCUAAUCAACCAGUCUCCCGUCGUGCUUUUCAUGAAAGGAACUCCAUCAGCCCCACGAUGUGGAUUCAGCAAAACUACAAUUGGUAUUCUUGAUGAAAUAGGAGUUCCAUAUACAACAUUUGACAUCUUAUCUGAUGAAGAGGUCAGACAAGGUCUGAAAACCUAUUCUAAUUGGCCAACAUACCCACAGCUUUAUGUGAAGGGAGAGCUGAUUGGUGGUGUGGAUAUAAUCAAGGAGCUCAAAGAAAAUGGAGAACUGGAGAGCACUUUGAGAGGAUAA